UUAAUUUAUCUCGAAGAACCCCCUAUGCUGUCGCGCUGACCUUAAGUUCCUCGUGCGUUCUGCUCGGAGUCUCCGAGGUUGACCACGACAUGGUAUCGGCAUGGCGUCGAAUGAAGCUGCCGCCAGGGCGCUCGAACUCCUCCACCACCCGUCCCUCUCUCAAGCCCUCAACGCCUUCGCGAGGCCGUCCCACCUCAAGCAGGCCCACGCGCACCUCCUCGUCGCCGGCCUCGCGCGCCGCCUCUUCACCGCCACCCGCCUCCUGGCCUGCGCCGCCGUCUCCGCCCUCCGCGACCUCCGGUACGCGGAGGCCAUGUUCGGCGGCGUCCGAGUCCCCACCUUCUUCAUGUACAACACCAUGAUCCGGGCCUUCUCCGAGUGCGCCGGUCAGGAUUGCCUCCGGGGCGUCGCGUACUACGUUCGGAUGCUCCGGAACGGCGUCUUCCCCGAUAACUUCACGCACCCUUUUGUGUUGCGGUCGUGUUCGCUGUCGUCGCAGCUGCUGGUUGGCAGGCAGGUUCACACCCACGUCGUGAAAUUUGGGUCGGGUCGCGACAUUUACGUUGUCAACAAUAUGCUGAGUAUGUAUUCGAGCUGUGGAGAGAUGGGGGAUGCGCGCCAGCUGUUUGACGAAUGUUCCGGGCUCGUGGAUGUUGUUUCCUGGACUAGUUUGGUCACGGGGUACGUGAAGGCUGGUGAUAUCGAUGUGGCCCGGUCUUAUUUCGAUAGGAUGCCGCGGAGGAAUGUCGUUUCAUGGAACGCGAUGAUUUCAGGGUAUGCACAGUCGGGAAGAAUUUCUGACGCGAGGAAGCUCUUUGACAUGAUGCCAGAACGUGAUGCGUCGUCAUGGAGUGCGAUGAUUUCUGGCUAUGCCCAAUGCAAGAUGUGUGCAGAUGCACUGGGGCUUUUCAAGGAGAUGGUUGGAGGAGGAAUUGUGGCCAAUGAGGCUGCUGUUGUGAGUGCAGUUUCGGCUUGCGCGCAGCUUCGUGCGAUUGAGUGGGGAACUUGGCUCCACAAGUAUACAGUGGAGAAUGGGUUCGCAAUGAAUGUGAUCCUGGGCACUGCGCUUGUAGAUAUGCAUGGCAAGUGUGGAAAUGUUGAGAAAGCUGUCAAAGUGUUCAAUUUGAUGCCCAAAAGGAAUGUCUGUUCUUGGAAUUCUAUGAUUGCUAGCUUGGCCUUGAAUGCACAUGGAAAGCAGGCACUGUCACUGUUCUGGCAAAUGCAGCGUUUGGGUCACACUCCGAAUCACGUAACAUUCACUGCUGUGCUAAGUGGAUGCAGUCAUUCAGGGUUAGUCAAAGAGGGUCGUCAAAUUUUUAGUCUUAUGACAGAAAAGUAUCAGCUUGAACCUUGGUCAGAGCAUUAUGGUUCGAUGGUUGAUUUGCUUGGGCGAGCUGGGCUUAUAAGGGAGGCGGUGGAAUUUGUUAAGGGGAUGCAUAUUGAGCCUCAUCCUGGCUUAUGGGGAGCUCUUGUUGCUGCCUGUAAGAUUCAUGGAGAGAUUGAGUUAGGUCAACAACUUGGGAAACACUUGAUCGACUUGGAGCCAGAUCAUGGUGGGCGCUAUGCUUUAUUAUCAGAUCUAUUUGCAUCUAUUGAACAAUGGGAUGAUGUGGAAUUGGUGAGGAACUCAUUCCUACAGAGGAAGGUACUCAAGACCCCAGGAAAUAGUAUCAUUGAGUUAUGAAGAUACUCUCUAUCUUUUCAACUACCUUCCCAAGAAGCCUGUUUCUAAGGGCAUACAUAAAACAUAAGGAAAUGGGAAUUCAGCCCCGAGUAUAGGGCACUCAUCAGUCUGAAAUCAGAUGGCAUUAUUCUCCUCAUUUUCUUCUGGCACCUCUUCAAGUUAAUUGCUCAAAACCAUGUUGCAUAUGAAUGCUAUCAUUAAACAUAAUGAGGAGCUAUCAUAUUACAUGGUGAAAAGAUCUCAAUGCUUUAUUGUAAUCAGAACAUAAACUUUUUAGAUCAUCAGUCUUAUUAUUGCCAUGCCGAUGCCCUUUAUUAUCCAAUAAACUCAGUUACUGUGGUAUUGCUCCUUAGAGAUUAUAGUCACAAGCUAUGCAUUGCUGAAUUGAAGAGCUUAUGCCUUUUCUUGCAAACUAUUCAGCACAUUUUGGAAACUCUUCUUGAAAGACCCCACUACUUCAAGUUCUAGCUGAGCUCCAACGGCAUUCCAAUCAAUCCCCAACUCUUCAAGCAUACAGUAAGUGCAUUCAGCCUCUGAUACAUUUGCAUCGAUAUUUUUCGAGACAAUUCCGUGGUGCAAGAAUGCUUUUAGAGCUUCAUCUGGCAUGGUCGAGACCUACAAAAUACACCGACCAAUCACUAUUAGCACCCCUACCAUUUCUGCUACAUAGUCCUUGAAGUGGUCAAUUAUGAUUUGCACUUCACAGUAAGAGAUGCUAGCUCACCGUGUCUGGCCCUAUCAGGGGAUUAAUGUAGGAGGUAUCAGGAUAGGAUGGAUUCUUGACAUUUGUUGAGGCCCAAAGCAACUUCUGCUUCCUGGCACCUCUCUUCCUCAAAGCUUCCCAUUGUGGCCCAGAGAACUUUUUCUGAAAAAGCUUAUAUGCUAAAGUAGCUUGCGCUACCGCAGCCUGAGGUUCAAUUGAAAGUGAGGAAGAAAAGCAUGGGCUGGACUUGCAUAUAAAAGACAACUCAUGCCUUCAUAUUUUGGAUGCACAUACCUUUCCUUUGAGCUUAAGUGCCUGGGAGGUACCGAUUUCUUCAAGCUUCUGAUCAAUAAGGUUAUCGACCCUACUUAUGUAAAAUGAAGCAACACUUGUGACCCUGGAAAGAUCUAUGAGCCCUGAAGCCUCAAGUCCAUCCAGAUAAGCAUCAACAACAGCUUCAUAUGUCGGGAUUUUGAUGCAUAUGUUUGGGCAGUUCACCAUUUCACAAAGUCUUUUUGCCUCCUCAGUUGUCCGCCGAGUAUCAUAAGCAAGCAUGGGUGAAACCUCAAUGGAGACAUAGCCAUCUUCUCCAUCUGUAUCAGUAAAAUUGGUUUGAAAAAGUUUGCAUGCUUCUCGAGCAUCAUCAACAACCAUUUCCCAGUAUGCACUUUCAACAUCCUUCUUUGCUUGUAGGAGUUCCCUGAAUCAACUCACGUUUAUGUUAGUAAGAAAUAGUCUAUUGAGAUACAGUCUGACAUCUCUAAGUUGCAAACUUUAAUUAGCGGAUUGUUCAGAAUACAAAAUGACACAUUAAAUAUUCUCUUUUGGCUGUCUAAACUUUUCAUAUGGAGGUGUGACCAAAGAGUGAUUAGACAGUGCAGCCAGCUGCAAAAGGUGGUGAUUGGCCUCUCCAAAGUGACUGCAUGUACGGGUCACUUAAGCAACUGGUGCUGAAAGUUAUGGUGUCAAAUUCUUGUUAGAAUUUAGUUACCUUUUCUCACAAGUUGCCAUUUAUUUGGCAAAUUAUAGAGCAAGUAUUAUAACUUAUGGGGACAGAAAUGAAGCUUUAAGCUUUUCACUAGCUCCUUACCUAAUAUCUGAUGACAACAUAGCUCUUUCAUAAAUCUGCAGCCAUAUUUCAUGCAUAGUUAGAGAAGCAAAAUCCAGUGUCAGUGGCUUCAACAAUUAAAGUUGCAUUUAGUAGUUACCGCAGGAUUAGUAGUGACACCUCUGAUUCCACUAGCAAUCAGUGGAAUCAAAUCCGUGACUGGUCGUCUCAUGUUGUCAUACCAAGGGCUUUGGCCUUGCUUCUCGUACAGAUGAUGCAGUGUUGUUCUCUUUGUUUGGUUCCUGGUGCUGCCAUCGAAGGAGCAACUGAUCCUGCAUAUACAUGGAAAGCAUACAUUUCUUUCUGAGGCGCAAAAGAACAAGAAAUGAAAUUUUCUAUGAACAGCUAGAGUUUCUAAACCAAGGCAUGACAGGUCUAUAAAAGGCCCAUCUUGUUUGCUAUUCUGUUGCAUGUCCUUUCAGUGGCUUAGUUGAUUACUGUUUUGUCAAGAAAUCUCAGUAUGCAAGUCCAACAACAGUUGAAGCUCAAAGCUAAAUCACUUUGCGAAUGGGGUGGUGAUGACAGCUACUAAAAAAGAGGAACCAGUUUUGGUUCAUCCAAACAGUCCAGUCAGUAAUAUAUAGUCUUUGUUUGUGAACUUCAUUGGCUGAGCUGAAAUCAUACUUCUGCUUGAUGAAAAUUGAGGAUGGAUGGAUCAGAUUGUAGCACAGAAGCCAUGCAUGUUCUACUGUUUCCAACGACAAAAGGCCAUGAAUAGUCAUGACAAAUCAGCCACUGAUGAGCGUAUGAUGUAUCUACAACAAUACUAGGAGAAGAAGCAAUAAUCACCUUGAGCCGACAAGGGUCGAGAGUGAUCUGAAGCCAAGAAGGUGAUUGCAAGCCAUGGCACUUGUUCAGGCUGAGGCACAGUAUAUACAGACCAGAAGUCGCUAUUUAUAAUGAGACUAAAGACGGGCAAGGAUCACCUAUCUAGUUCGGUGCCUAUAUUGAAGCCUCAAUGAAUCUUACCCGUGGAUUUAUUAGUUAUAGAUUACACAAUUACCUUUUUUCUUAUGGAUCAAUAGUUAAGACAGGAUGUGGUACCGGAUAGAAACACUGCCGGAAGCAGAGGAUCUGAUCACGAGUAAGAAGGCAUAAACUAACUGUAGAUGCUGUCGAAUAGUCUCUGAAUCCUUGAAUGUUUCUGAGGAUCCAAAGCUUGUGGAUUUGGUAGCUGUCUACACAUUGAAGUCUAUGUGGGAGCCUGCUAAACUAAAUGUAGAUGCUGUCGAAUAGUCCCGCAAUUUUCGGUUCACCUUUACAUUUUCCCUAUGGAAAACACAAAUCAUGACAACCCAAAAUCUAUGUUUAGAUUUUUUUGGUCGA